AUGGCCGAGGCGCUGACGGACGAGCAGGCUUGCGAACGUAUCGCAGAGCUGGUGGUUGGCCUACGGGAUGCCACGAGCGAAGGCGAUGGCCAGGACUGCCGCCUCCUCAAGACAGACGUUUCUGAACUGCUGCAGGAGGCCAACAACGACACCGAAGCUGUCCUGCGUGCCCUUCUCUUCGAUGGCCAGGCGCCUGAUUUGGAGGAGCGGCUGGUGCAGGAGGAUUUGUCGGAGGUCUCCGCGCAGGACUGCGCACGCGGCAUGGUCUACUACGACGAAGAGGACAACCAGCCCGAGAACUCAGAGGCCAUUGUCGCCUCCCGCAUUGCCGAGGUCCUGGACGUGCUUCGCGCCGUCAGCAUCGAUGGCAAGGGCUACAACUUUGCAUAUGCCACAGAUGUGGCCAUGUAUACAUAUGGCUUCCUCACCAUCAGCCGCAGUGGCACCGGCAUUGGCUGGGCCUGCCCCGACGCCGUCUGGACUUGA